CCGCCGGUGAAUGAUCGCGCCCGGCAUCCCCCGCGCCGCUCCCGGCCCGCCCGGCCCCGCCGCCAUGGCCUUCACGUUCGCCGCCUUCUGUUACAUGUUGGCGCUGCUGCUCACCGCCGCCCUCAUCUUCUUCGCCAUCUGGCAUAUUAUAGCAUUUGAUGAGUUGAAGACCGAUUACAAGAAUCCCAUAGACCAGUGUAAUACACUCAAUCCUCUUGUACUUCCAGAGUACCUCAUCCAUGCAUUCUUCUGUGUUAUGUUUCUCUGUGCAGCAGAGUGGCUUACACUGGGUCUCAAUAUGCCUUUGUUGGCUUAUCAUAUUUGGAGGUACAUGAGUAGACCUGUGAUGAGUGGCCCUGGUCUGUAUGAUCCUACAACCAUCAUGAAUGCAGAUAUUUUAGCCUAUUGCCAGAAAGAGGGAUGGUGCAAAUUAGCAUUCUACCUUCUAUCAUUUUUUUACUACCUAUAUGGCAUGAUUUAUGUUCUGGUGAGCUCUUAAGAAGACAUUCAGUAAGCUUUGUUCCAGUUAAGUGCAUGCAAAAGCCACAAACAUGGAUUCUUUACAAGGAGAUCCUCUUACCAAGAUUAAUUACGGAAUCUGAUGAUCGCAUUUGCGUUAGAAAACAAUGACUCCCCUAUUUUUAAAAUAUUUCCACAUUUUAUACUUGUGGAAAGACUGUUUUCUUAUAUUUUACUGGGACAGUGAAAUUAAAGAAUUACAUGUAAAUUAAUAUAAAGAUUACUGGGUUUUGAAAAGUGUUGACUUUGCACUCCAUAAGGAACAGCCAUAAUCUUCAAGUAGGUAUUUGUUACUGACUAGCCUUAGUACACUAGGGAUUUUCUUUAGGCUGGGCUUCAUAGUGGCUCAUUUGGACUUGCGUAUCCCACUCUAACUGUAAAUCAGCUCUAGCUGCCGACUGCUUGGGAAGGACUGGAAGUGCUGUGUGUUUCACCUGUAGGCGAUGUUGGUCUUAAGAGAUGACUUCAUGGACACAAUUGCAAAAAUUGGAAUUCUAUUUUGUUGUAUUUUUUUUUCUAUCUAGUUAAUCUUUCCCUGUAUAUGCAUGGUUCAGAGACUUCUGUAUUUUUACUGAACGUUAGCCUUGCUUUAAUCUCAAGCAUAUGUCAUUGUGAUAGGAGAAGUUGAAUUGUCCACGAAGGAGUGAAUUUAAAUGAUGAUUUUUUUUUUGUCUGUGCUGUUUUAUUAACAAAUGGACAAACCUACAACAUUUAUCAAGUCCAAUGAUGAAAAUACUCUUGAGUUUAAGAGUAAUACUACAGACCUUUUCAAAGCAGAAAGUGAGAUUGUGAAACUGCCCUGCUGUUCCUUAGUGCAAUAAAUAAUAAAAAAAAAAUGUCAAAUUCAGAAAUACUUAUUUUUACCUGGUGCCUUGUUUUGUUUUUAAAUUGAACAGAUACUUGCUGUAUUCAUCUGUCUGUUUUAUGAUGGAUAAUUGCAUUACCUUUUAAAAAUAGAACACUGAAUCAAGUUACGUCUGGAAAAUGGAA